AUUUGUUUAGAAUCGAAAAUGACUUGGUAUUGUAACGUUAUGCAUUUGAGGAUCAAGAAAAACUUCCUGGGCCUGUCAAAUUCAUUGUUUUAUUUAUGUUUUAUUUUAAUUCUCAUAUUUAAUGUGGCAAUUAUGCCUGCACCCAGUCGGAACUUUUUAUGAGUGCACCAACAUAUGUGCAUCACUCAAAAUAGAUCCCCCUGUGUACAUGAGAUAUGAAAUGACGCUUGUGGCCCAAAAACCUGAACUGAAUGUUGGCCUUUUUUUCUUUUCUUUUUUUUUUUAGACGUUUCUGAACAACCUAAUUGUCGAUUAAAUCUAUUGUUUAACAUGCAUGAUACGUUGCUACGUAAUUGUAGCAACGUAUCGAUCCGGUGGAUCGCUACCGGUGUAGCGAUCCUUUUACAGUAAUCACAAAUGGCUGUGAUUGGUCCAUCCUCGCCAACGCUGUAAAAAGUAACAUAAAUCACAUGUAAACACCACAUCCUUCGCUGUGGUUAUGACACUAUUAACUUCAAAAUGUAUUAUGAGAAACGUAAAGAAGUUUAAUUUCAAAAUAGAAAGUGAAGGAUUGAAACACAAUACUUAUUAUCUAUGCCUAUCGAGACCAAUUAAAGAGAAAUUUCGGGCCACUAACGCGCGCACUUGAAUCAUUUUUUUUCUGCGACUCACACGUUCCCUCAGUCUUGUGAAAGUGCAGAGGGUUGGAUUACAUCUGAUCUGUAGUGGUAGAUGAGGUAGUUAAAAUUGUCUGAAGGGGUAUCUAAAGUGUUUACUCUAGUCUAGACUAUGAUCCCAUUAAAACGCAGGAAAGUAUCUCUAACUGUCAGCCAACAGAAUGACAUCUGUAAAUUUCCCCAUGUUUCUAUAUUCAUCUUGGAGAGAAAGAUGGGAACAUCUAGAAGAGCAUUUCUUACACGACUAGGACGGAGCAAAGGAUUUCUUAUUAAAGAAACCUACAGUUCCUCCAUCACACAUAUUGUAUCAGAAAACAACAGUGGAGAUGAAGUGCAGGCCUGGCUGGACAAUCAAACAGGACCAGACACGUCCAGUUCUGUCCAUUUAUUAGACAUCAGGUGGUUUACGGAGAGCAUGGAGGCAGGACAUCCCGUUACUGUUCAGGACAGACACACAUUACAGGUUAACCCAAAACCCAACCUAGGCCCAGCUGCAAUGCUGGUGAAAAGUUAUGCCUGUCAAAGACGAACACCUUUGAAACACCACAAUUCAUUUCUAACAGAAGCUCUUGAAAUCUUGUCUCAAAAUGCCGAAUUUAAUGACAAUGAAGGACGGAGCGUCGCUUUUAGACGGGCAGCUUCAGUCCUGAAGGCCCUUCCCCAUCAAGUGAAGAACAUGGAGGAUCUGAGAUCUUUGCCCUGCCUGGGUGACCAUUCACAGAGGGUUAUUAAGGAGAUUUUAGAAGAUGGAUCAUCAAGAGAAGUGGAGUCAACAAGACAAUCGGAUCAAUUUCAGGCCAUGAAGGCACUAACUGGUAUUUUUGGGGUGGGUGUGCGGACGGCAGAUCGCUGGUUUAGAGAGGGAUUGCGAUCUCCUGAUGAUUUGUUACGCACAGGACAACAGUUGAACCGUGCACAGCAAGCAGGAGUCCAGUAUUACGCUGACCUCCAGAAACCCGUCACUAAGGCGGAGGCUGAUGUCAUCAGUGAUAUCGUAGAGAAAGCUGUGCACGCUGUGCUGCCCGGAGCGGAGAUCAGGCUCAUGGGAGGGUUCAGAAGGGGGAAAGAAGUCGGUCAUGAUGUGGACUUUCUCAUAACACAUCCAGAAGAAGGAAAAGAGGAAGGACUGAUGCCUAAAAUCACAAAUUGGCUGGAGGAGCAGGGUUUACUGCUGUAUCAGAAGACGACCAGAAACUCUUACCUGGAAAAAAUGGACGGUCCAGGUAGAGCUCCUUAUAACAUGGAUCGCUUUGAGAGAUGCUUUUCCAUAUUUAAGCUUCAGAAAGGAAGUGAAACUGAAGGAGCCAGUGGGUCAGGCUGGAGAGCUGUACGGGUAGAUCUUGUGGUCAGUCCCUACAGCCAGUUUGCCUUCGCUACGCUCGGAUGGACCGGGUCUAAGCUGUUUGAGAGGGAGUUGAGGCGGUGGGCUGGGCAAGAGAAGCACAUGUCUCUGAGCAGUCACGCUCUGUAUGACAGCAAACAGAAUCUAUACCUCAGAGCAAAGACGGAAGAGGAGAUCUUUGCCUACCUGGGUCUGGAGUUUAUUCCUCCGUCCGAGCGCAACGCCUGAAUGCAGUCUCCAAUUAUCACGACUAAUGUGCCAGUGCUUCCAUCACAGAGACGUAUAAACUUUUGACUUUAGCUGCCAGGUUUGAUCAGAUCACAUUUCACACGGAAAGGUUUAUAUUGGAUCGCAUCGGAUAUCUGCCAGUAAUUUGAUCAGUUUUCUCUGUGCUUUGCACUAUAGUUUUGACGUGGUUCUUUGUUAAUAAGGUAAUGAGAAAUAGCCAUUCUUUUAUCAGACACUUGAAUGUUUAAAAGAUGUUGUUCUUAUUUUAUACAUUUUAAUUAAAUAUUUUAAUUAAAACUGAAAAUGUGUCAGUAUAUAUUAUUUCCAUGUUAGCGCUCCAUUCGUUUGACAUUGUCUUUUGGAUAAAUGACCAUCGGUGCGGUGGUAAUUUUGAUUUUAUCGUCUUCGUCUUAGCUGCUGAUGUGAUUGUCUACAAUUUAUAAAUAUUUUAAUUUUGAUAAAGUUGCAUAUACUAAUGUUCUACUGACAUUUACAGAGAUGUAUGGAGGCUCUCGGAGGAUAUUUGAUGCAUGUACUCAUCAUAUAUGCAGAUGUGUUUGUGGUUAGAUGAUGCCUGACAUUAUUCUAACCUCCUUUUUGUGCACCUGGUUCAUUUUGACCCGCUUUUCCCAACCGCCAAACAUAUAUUUUAAAACAUUUUCUAGAAAACUGGGGGGAAACAGACUACAUAA